UUUUUUUUAAAUCUCGACUGGCAAAGCAAUAACGUAAACUCAUGGAGUCAUUAAAGGAUGUAUUUAAUGGCACCAAUAGAAUUGAUAUCAAUUAUAUUCAAUACUCGAUCUAUUUUCCACUAAAAGAUACCAACGAUGCAACAACAACAACAUUGCAUAAAUUGAAAGCUUUGAUCGACUCUCAGAUCAUUCAACCUCUUACUACUGGUCAUAUAUGGCAAAAGGAUGGAUUCAACUUACGUAUAGUUCGCAAUGAUAAAAAAGAUCCUGAUUAUCCUUUCCUGUUCGGUAUCACGCGAUUUGGUGAUUGUAUGAAUGAUGAAUGGUUUAUCAUUUACUUACUCUAUGAAAUAUCCAAAUCCUUUCAAGAUGCUAUUAUAGCUGUUUCUGACAACGAUGGUGAAGUAUUAUUGAUCGAAGCAGCUCAAGCUUUACCACCAUGGUUAGAUCCAAGUAAUAGUGACAAUAGGAUCUACAUUUAUCAAGGACAACUACAUAUCAUUCCAUUACCAACAUCACCUGCUGAUAUUUAUUCAUUUAUGACGGCCGAUGGCACUGCUGCUAGCAAGAAUGUAUUGACUAAAAAGGACGCAAUUGAUAUUUUAAGACGACAAACUCCAAUAACCACAGCAACUGAUGAUAUCCGGCACAUCAUCUUGGAUCGAAUACAGAAAUACCAAUCAUCCAACAAAGUCAAUAUUAGUAACUCAAUAGUACAACAACAACGUCAUGAAAUACAUCGAGCACGUACCAUUCUGACCAACCCACAAGCAGUCUUUGUCUUAUUAUCAGCCCCUCAACUCUUACCGUUAGCGGUGGAAGCUUUUUAUUUACGUGAUCCAUCCUCUCUCAAGGCAUGCUCUUCCAUGCGUCAAUUUUCACCCAUUAAAUCGUACUCAAAGAAUCUUAUUUUACCUUGGACUCGAACAACUUAUGCACAAACUAUUCACCAAUCAUUUUAUGCACCAAAACCAUUCCACUUACCUCCAAAACAACACAAAGAUUUUGAUGCGGCAGAACUAGGAAUGAAAUUGAUGUGUGGAUUAGAGAUGCUAUAUGCCAAGGAUACUGGGACGGAAGAAUGGACCGACACUGAUGAUGUGGAUCAAUACGAUAUGUUGGAAUUACCUCCAACCGUUCUUGAUGGCAUGACACCCAAGCAAAAAAUCGAUACUUUAUUACAACUCUAUUCACCAGAAGCUUUGGAUCAACUAAUAACAGAGAAGCAAGAAUCAGUAGAAGAUGAUCUGGCCUGGUUACAUGUUUAUCCUGACGAAUUGGAGGCAAUGCUUGCACGAAAAGCAGAUGGUGAUGAUACCUUGGCGAAUACAGAAAACGUGGAUAUCCCGGUUAAUUUGGAAGAAAUGAUGGCCAAGUUUGAACAUUUUUUGGAAAACAGUCAAAGUGGUGUUGCUGGUGUUCAUUUACCUGGAGAAGAAGAUAGUGAUGAAGAUGAUGAAGAUGACGAUGAUGAUGACAGCUAUAGAAAAGAUGAUAUAGAAGAGGACAUGGACAAGCAAAUCUCAUUUGAUUUUAAAUCUUUUAUGGAUAUAUUAAAUCAAGGUCAACAAGAACUUUCUUCAAGUAAGGAUAUGCAAGAUGUUCAGUCAGAAUUCCAAACAAUGAUGCAUGAAAUGGAUCAGGAAAUCGGGGAACAUGAGAAGAUUGCUGGAUCUUUUGUUAGAAACCCUAGUUUGGUCGAUCAAGAAGAACAAGAAAAUCAAGAAGAAGAAGACGAAGAUGCUCCUGUGGACAUUCAAUUGAAUCUUCUUCAAAAUGUAUUGGAAAGCUUCAAGGGUCAACAGGGUCUACCAGGUCCAGCGGGAAAUCUCUUACGACAAUUUAAUAUAGCUUUACCAGUAGAUAGAAAUGAUGACAGUGAUGAUGAAAUGAAAUAAAAGUUGAUGGACCGUUUUGAAUCCCGACUCAACACUCCAAACUUU